UUUGCGCUGCUGAUGACAUCACGGUCUUAAAUAUUCCCGUUGCUUCUUCCCAACGUCAUCAGUUAUCCUCGCUCCGCGACGGGCAGAAAGAUCCUCGCGCGGAUGGUUUUGUAGCUUAGCUAGCUUUGUGAAAGAGAAACGUUGGGACGGUUGUAUUUUCAAACCCGUUGCCUCCUUGUCUGCCUCUAAACACCCGGCUAUACUGGGAAGAGAAACUACCAGCUGGGUCUCAGUGCAAGGGGAAAAAAGGAAGAGGUGGUGGAGAAAAGAACUGAGCAAAGUCAGGCGUGGUAGAAAGGAAAAAAAAAUCAUCUUUUGUCAUAAAAUCUUCAGGGUAGCAUACAGAAUGUCGCUUUCCGUACCACAGAACGGAGUAAAGGGGGAUAGCGAGCCCGUUAUCGAGCUUUUUGUUAAGGCGGGAAGCGAUGGCGAAAGCAUCGGGAACUGCCCCUUCUCUCAGAGGCUCUUCAUGAUACUUUGGCUUAAAGGAGUUGUCUUCAAUGUCACCACAGUGGAUCUUAAGAGGAAACCUGCAGAUCUCCAGAACUUGGCCCCUGGCACACAUCCACCCUUCAUCACAUUCAACGGAGAGGUCAAAACUGACGUCAACAAGAUUGAGGAGUUUCUUGAGGAUGUCCUCUGCCCACCCAAGUACAUCAAGCUUGGUGCAAGACACCCCGAGUCAAACACAACUGGUAUGGACAUCUUUGCAAAGUUCUCAGCGUACAUCAAGAACUCCAAGCCAGACGCAAAUGAGGCUCUGGAGCGUGGACUUCUGAAGACGCUGCAGAAACUAGAUGAGUAUCUUUACUCCCCGCUGCCGGACGAGAUCGACCACAACAGCAUUGACGACGUCAAAGUCUCCACCCGCAAAUUCUUGGAUGGAGAUGAAAUGACCCUGGCUGACUGUAACCUGCUGCCCAAGCUGCACAUAGUUAAGGUUGUGGCUAAAAAAUACAGAGGUUUCGACAUCCCUAAACAGAUGACGGCCAUCUGGAAGUACCUGAACAAUGCUUACACACGUGAAGAGUUCACUAACACCUGCCCCAGUGACAAGGAGAUUGAGAUUGCCUACGCAGACGUGGCCAAGAGGCUGGUCAAAUAAGCUCCACUGUCACCGCCUCUAUCCAUUCCCCACCUCCGUAACCUCCUUCCGUUCACCUUUGCUUCCUCAGCAAUGGAACCGACGUGCUCAUUUUCGAGAAAGAAAAAAAAUAAACUCUGGACUUCUUUUCCUUCUCUUCAUCUAGAAACAAACCCCAAAUGCAUGAACCUGCCAUCAUUUUGUUUUUCCAUCCGGUUUUAUGAAGGAAUCUUUAGUUUAAUCAGCUGAGGUCACCCUCCUUUCAGCUUUUACGAUUAAUUGUUUUUGGUUUUUACUUGCCGAUGAAUGUGUGAGAUGGUGAUGCGACGGAGAAGCAGCCAGACCCAUAUCUGUGCUUAUCGAAGUGCGGAGCCAAACACGCUCCCUGAUAAGUGACCUUCCAGCUGACUUUCACUCUGCAUGCAGAUGAAACGUCACAAGCUGUUAUUUUCUGUUGAAGAUUGAAAUAGCUCUUUAUUGGGUUGUUUAGUAAGUGAACACUGAAAAGCUUUUUUUUUUUUUAGGCUCAUUAAACAAUGUAAACAGUGUUGAAGCUCCAGUGUUUGACAGGGUUAAGUAGAAGCUGAAGGUAAUCCAAACCUGAGCAUUGAAUGCUUUAUUUUAAUGUUGAGCUAUUAAAAACAAAACGGUUGGAACUGCAGGUAAGACUACCUGGUAUAUGCACUCUGAUUUCCUCGUUGCCUCAAAUUAGCAAAAUUCAUGUAGCUCUGCUCAGUAGAAUUGUAGGAAAUUUCCUGUACCAACUGCAGAAGGAUAAAACCAGAGGUCUGUGAAAUGUCCAAUCAUAUGUAGCUUGCUGACAUGUUUAUGGCUGGGCUUUUGUAAUCACCGCAUUGCCAUCCAAUGUCCAUUUAAACUAUAGCACGCUGACUUCACAUGUCAUAAAUAAGGAAAGUCUUCACUUUCAUGCUAACUGUAGCAGUAGUUUGGACUAUCUUGAACCAAAAAGAGGCACAUUGUUCUUGUCUCACUGUGGAUUGACUGGCUAUAAACUAGUGAACUUGGAAAAAAAGUCAAAUAAACCACACAAGUCUUGGUUAAUAUACAGAAUGAAGGACACUGUGCGGUCAAGCACCAAGAAAGGCAACACUAAAGACAUUUAUAACGAAACAAAUUGAGGAUUUGUAAAGAAUGUAUUGGUAUCAAAUUGAACUUUUUCUUCAAAAUGUAAAGAGAUCUCAGAGGUAGCAAGUGUAUGUUAUGAUACAGUAGCUCCAAAAAGUGCUUUAGUGUGGAUGAAGCAAAGCUUGUCUUUGUUUUCUUCCAAAUUGCCAUUUUUUUUUUCAGACUUUUGUUAAGAAGCAAAUCUGAUGAAAAAGGAAUUGUAAAUAUUUUUUUUCAUAUUUCAGAUUUUCAAUAUGUAAAUUUACUGCAUUUCAUCUGAAUUUGAAGGAAAAAAUGGUCAACUUCUCACCUGCGUGGAUCUGAUUUCCAAAUGAACCAUCUCCUCUUUGCCUUACUUGUUUUCUCUGCAGAUGUUUUGCAGGAGAGAUUUUUUUUAGAGAUCAUUUCAUUGCAACAAGUGUGGAGUUGUACAAGGAAAAUAUCAGUUAUUUCAUGGCUUUUCUUUUUUAACUAUUGACUGAAUUUAAAUAAACUUCUUAUCAGCACUCA